AUGGCACAUGUGCUGAAGGCAUGGUUGUGCACGAGACUGGGCGUAAUGAUGGACCUCACGCCGAACAUGUUCGCUCACUAUACCAAAGAUGGCACCUUGCUGGCCCAGAUUCUGCACAGUUACGAUAUAAUUAGCAACAAUCAAUUGAGCACCAUUCUUCGUACGCACGACCCUGCGUUGUCGAGAGUGAAUCUGAAGACUCUACGAAUCUGGCUGAAGCUCAUCAAUGUCACAUUGAGCGACGAAUGCAUUGAAGAGAUCUCUAAAGGCAAAGGUUCAGCGGCUCUUCAGCUCUUCUACAAAGUCUAUUUGAGCUUAGAAGGGAAAGAUCGAUUGCACUUCAUUGCCCGGCAGAAAGAGCAGAAAGAGAAGUUUAUGCACACGUCCAGCAGAUUCCAAGUCUCCAGAGUAUCGGACAGCCCUCCACCCUAUCAAUUACCCGAGCAUUUUCUUUCGCAGCCGUUAAUCGAAGCGGCCGACACCAUUCUCUGGCAUAGGAAUAAAUUUUUCACGAUCACGGAAGCCUGCAGACGAGAGCGAAAGCGGUUGAAAGCUCUCGCGGAUUAUCCUGUGGUCGAACCGAUCGAACACCUCGUACCGGAAGAGCCACCGGACGAGAGGAAGGAGGAGAGUGAGAGAUUAGAUAAAUUCGAUCGCAAACAUCCGGCUCGCGAAACGAAGAAAAAAUACCAGAUAGUCGAGUGUUGUCCCGGCAAGCGAUCUCUGAACGUGUCCUGCGCCGAGGAUCCCGUGGCUGCCGCGGAAUACGUUGACCUACUGAAGAAGCGGAGUGGAAGAGCGGUUAAAUCUCGUGAACCGAAAUUGAAGACGCAAACGGCGAUGAUGACGGAGUCUUGGGAGCGAUUGUUGAGGAAACAAGAUAGAUACUUCGACGAAGUUCUCGGCGAACGAGUGUUGGAUCAGUCGCGCUAUGAGAAGCAGAUAAUGGGAAAGCUGUGCGAGGUGUGGGAUUUGAGAAACAGAAUCGUGGAGAAUCGCAGGAUUGCCGAUGCGAUGCUACUCGAAGCUAAAGAGCACGAGCAGCGACUAAAAGAAGAACGUCAACGAGAAAUAAUGAAGGAAGAGAUGCAAGAUGUAGAAAUGGAGGUCUGCAGAAUGAGCGAACUUCGUCAAAGGAUUUGCGAGGAGAAGGCGCGCAGAAUGAGAGAGGAACAUCGAGGAAUCUGUUCGGAGGUCGUGCGAGAUCUCGUGGAUAUCGCAGUGAAAAUCGCUGAAUAUGGUCAGACAAAGGAUAUUCCACAUUCGUGGGAUAAAUGGAAAGCAUUGUUCCUGAAAAAUCAAUCGAUAUGCGAGUUUGUAGAACACGUUGAUGAAAUCGAAGACGUGGAAGAUGCGCAAAAAAAUAAAGUGACAAUCACGAAGAAACUCGAAAUGGAACGUCGUUCAGCUGUGGCUGACACAGACUUCGAGAGCUAUCGCGAUCUAGCGCCGCCUUGGGACGAGUUCGCGCCGGAAAGGAAAGAGGAAGCCGAAGAAGUUUGCAGACUGGGUCGCAUUGUGCUCGGUUAUGUGGUUCAUCGCUUGCUGGAGAUCCUGUAUCCUUAUCCGACCGGGACGGUGGAUUGUCCUGUGCCGAGAGUCAAGGUUGCGGCUGUUAUCUCGGGCAUAACAAAUCGAAUCUUGCACGAGCAGCUGCGAGAGUUGUUGAAGAGCAGCGGGAUUUGUUUGCUGAGGAUGGAAGAUGCGAUCAAUCAUUGUCUGGAGAGGUACAAGCGGGAGAUGGCCGACGUGGAGUACAUCGACUUGAACAUCGUCCCGGCGACGGCGGAAGACAUCAAGAGAUUGGAGACUAAGAGCAAGAUAGACGACUCGAGAGACCGAAGUCACCCGAAGAAGAUUGAAAGAACGACGAAAAUAGCGGCGUCUCAGCAGAGCGCGGCUGAGGAGAAGCAAACGCAGACACCAAGGCAGAUCCCCUACGACGACAUGCAUCCGAUUUUGAGCGAUUCCGCGUACAUAGGCAAAUGGACUUACGAGUUUCUCACGCUGGGUCAGCCAAUAUCCAACGAGCUAAAUACAAAAAUAUUGAUCGAAUAUUUAAAAGGGAUUGGAGACGUUGAAGGUUGGGCAUUAAUAAAUUACCCCAACACAUACGAACAGAUGGCAAUGUUGGAGAAAGCGUUGACCGGACGCGAAGUGCCUUUUGAUCACAAGGUUAUCAAUUUUGCGGAUGCCAAUAUCGAGGACAUCAAUCCCCCGUCAUCCAGGAUCGUGUUCGAAGAAGAUGAAAUUGACACAUUCGCAAUCUGCAGGCAGUCUAGAUUAUUGCCAAAUCCAAUCGUCAAAGCGAAAGAUCAUCCUGGUCCCUCGACAACAUUCAUAACAAAGUAUAUUAAAGUAAUGCCGAAACCAAAGAUUUUGGACGAUCAAGAUCAAUCUUGUAUUCCGUUAUCGAAUGAUGCUACUUCGAUCGACGAAUACUACGCUAAUCAAAGUAUCGCAUAUGGAUUUUUCUACAGUAUCCUCGAUCCUCCUACCUUGAAAGAGUUAGCCGAAACCAUCACCAGUCAAUUCUCCGAUAAAAAAUUAUCCUUCGAGAGGACGUAUCGAGAUGAACAAAAAACUCUCAUUAAUUCGAAAGCAGCCAUUGUUAAACGCUUAAUUCCAAAAUCUGAAUGGGAAAGCUCAAAACGCGGAGAGAAGAAAGAUGUCGAAUUGGAAGAAGAAAAUUUACAACCGGAAGUUCAAACGCAGCCAAUAAACGGUCAUGUUAGACCUGGAGAAGACGGUUGGCAGUGGAUAGAUUUCCCUCAGUCUCCAGUUUUACUGGAAACCUUGGCUACUCUUUGGAAGAACAUUGAAGAGGCUUACAUAGAGAACGUGAAGGAGAUGCUUUCUUUAAAGAGAAUGCACACUUCGGCUAUUGUGUCUUAUAAAAAUUUGAUCUUAAGCAUUUUACUGGAGUUUAUCAAUCGACCCGACAACCGGCAGGUUUUGUUGCAAGAUUUUCAACGCGCCUUUAACGAGGUCGAUGAGGACCUCAGAGAAGACGUCGACAUGAAGUGCGAGCUGCACUGCCGUGUCGACGAUUUCCGAACGGAAUUGUGGGAAUUGUGUGAUGUGCGGCGACGCGAAGCUGAAGACGAGAGAAGACGAACCCUGCGGAAUCAGUACAUCCUGAUGGAAGCUGUGAUCCUCGUUAACGUGUACAUCGGUAUCCUGCAAACGGAAAUCGACAGAUUUGUCGACACUGUACAGCUUCUUGAAGAUUACUAUACCUCGAUGUCACAGAAGCCAUUACAGGAAUUGCGAUUCUCCAAAAUCGUUCUUAAUUACGUCGAUUUUGACGGUAUUCUUUGGGAAACCUUAUCGGUCAAAGAUGAAGAAGAGCGUACGGCGUCAGAGGCGAAAGCCGAUUCGGUCAAAGCUUCCGUUCGAAUUGUGAAUAUGAAUCACUUCAAGGCCGAAAUAGAGCAUCUGCUGAUCGACGUGUCGAAGGACUUCGAUCCUGAUCAAAACGCUGUGUAUAACGUUAUCAAGGAUAAUAUUCGACAAGUGCGAGAUCAAGUGGACUCAAUCUCGUCCAUGGCGCUGGAGAAGCUGAAGAAGAAAGAAAAACCCGCGGUUCCAAAAGCUAAAGGCAAAGACACUGGAAACGUCUCGCCUAACUCGACGAAAUUGACGAGAAGUCACGAUCUCGUCGAUGAAUGGCGAUACGCCGUCUUGUUUGAGAUCGAUCGUAUUCAUCAAAGAUUAAAUGUGUUGAACGCAGCUGCUCAAUCAGACGUGACUUUUCUCCUGAAUUUUAUGAGACAGACCUUCCACCGUAUUUAUCAUAACAUCGUCGAAAGAUACAAACGCGAGAUCGAAAGCAUCAACGAAAUGGCGAAUAUCUUCUGCUUCGCUAUUGAAGAAGAGAAACGAAUUCAGCAGGAAUUAUUAUUUGACGAUGAUCAAUUCGUUGUAAGAUCAAGUGUCUUAAUGUUUGCCAAAGAUCCUAAGGGAUUCGUUGCUCCAAUUAAAGAGGUCCCUUCACCUUUGCGAUUCCGAAUUGUUCAACUCGGUCGACUGAUAGAUAUUUUUCAACGAAUCGCUCCAAGCGGAAUUCUGAGCAAACGCGCCCUAGUUUAUGUUCUUCAGGAUCUGGUGUCCUGCGGCGAAGAGGACUGUUAUCCGCCUUAUGUGCCGUGCGCUUGGCGACAAUUGCGACCUCCGGAUAUCGACAAACUGAUCCAACGAUUAUUUGGUCCCGCUGAAUAUAUCGAGUGGCGAGAAUUUAUUCUGUACGCGAUGGAUCUGCCAAUACCGUCGCAUCAGGAUAUCCUGAAGAUGCGAACAGCCUUCAGGAAGCAAGAUCCUGAACUGAAAGAGGUGAUCACGAGCGAUCGAUUUCACUCGAUGCUAUUAUGGUUUCUCGAAAUUUCCGCUCACAAGGAUUCCCUGAAUGAAGAACUUGAUUAUGGCAACUGCGAUAAGAUAGCGGAUAUAAUGUUACGCGAGGAAACACGAUUAGGCCAGAUUGUUUCGAACUUCAAGAACGAUUUCAUAGAAACAGACGAAAAUAACAUUAGCGCGAUGUUGAGGCUGAUGCUAGCCAAGGAGCUUCUCCGCCGAAUGUAUCUGGUAAAUCAAAAUACGGUUCACUAUACCGCCAUGUUACUGAGCUUCUGUAAAGACGAAGAUCCCCGAGAAGGUCUGGGAAAAGCAUUUAGUCUCGCUAUGGGUGGCAGAGUUUGUACUGAUACAGUAAAAGGGGAGAGAUAUGCCAAAGAGCUCUUUGAAAAGCGUCGUGCUAGCAAGUUAAAAUUAAGCCCGGAUUAUCCGCGAGAGGAAGCCGAGGAGGUAGCGCACGAAAUGAUAAGCUACAUAAUGAAUAAAACAAUAAAGGCCAUUGUCAUGCUCGAGAAAGAAGCUCGUGAUAUGACUUCAAAACGUCGAGUCGUAAUUCAACAGCUGGACGAAUAUCACGAGAUAAAUUCGACCGAACUCUUGCCACCGGAAGUAAUAAGAGAGGACCUAGUUAUAGAAGAUUCGUCGGUAAUCAAUGACGAGCGCGAAUAUCAUUCGGGUUCAUCACUGAAAUUGGUAUCAAUUCUGUCCAAAAAUGAUGAAAAAAUUCAACCAAAUAAAACGGUCUUUUGGCUACCACGGGAUGUUUGCUUGACGGUUUUGUCUACGUGUUUACCGUGGCUCGCGUCGCAAGCAAAUCUUUUUGAAACUUCUAUGAGCCUUUGCGAAGGAAUAGCACACGUGUACAACGACUUAAAAGAUGAGGAAUUGAAUGACAAGGAAGAUCUUGUUUUAGCACACCGUCUGAUAAACCAUAGUUUUAUACGUGAAUUACUCUGCGCUUCUAAUAACUCACCUAAAGCGGGUUUACAGUUGCAACGCACGGACAUUCUGGAUUCGCUCUUGAAAGGUUUCUCUCUUCAAGGAUGGUGA